GGCACUGUCCAAAGAGAACGAAAGUUCCUGUUGCUGGGGGAUGGAGGGGGCAGCUUGACGUGCCUACCCCUUUGUGUCUGGAGAUCAGGGUACAAAUCCUGCUUUGCUGGGGAUUCCCAAAUGAAACCGUCUUUGGGAUCUAGUCCUUAAACAUAGAACCACAGCGCUUAUCUAUCAUAAGUAGAUACUGGCCCCCACUGUUGUAGUAACCGAGCAGCCAUCCUCACGACACCCCUGUGCAGUAGGGUAGGGCGUUAUCCCCAUUGUAUGGAUGGGAAACUGCACUGAGAGACUAAGCCACUCCUUGGUGGAAAGAUCCAGAGUGUGUCUCUGUCCCUACAGUUAUAGUCCAAAAAUCCAUUGUCUGCACUUGCAAACAGGGUAAACCUCCCCCGCUUCUUGUGUUUUCCUGUCUAGGAUCUGCCCUCAAGACGUUGCACUCGCUUGAUGAGCAUGUUUCUCACACUGUAAAUAGGGGCUUAUGGGGAAAUAUACAGUACUCAAUUACAUGUAGAUACACCGAUAGAUAAUCAUAUUCUGCCUGUAAGAAACCUGAUUCUCACCUUUUGGUGACCAGCCCCACAGACUUUAAGACAAUAAUUUUCAGUAUCUGUACAUAACUCUUGACAUAUUAUCCAUACAUACGUUUUGCAAUGAUUAUGAGGGCCAGUGUGACACAGGCUGUCAGUGGAUACCUUACAUAACACUCUUUGGUGAACUAGUAUGUAGAUACCAGACUCAGGGGAUCCCUGUAACCCUUAUGCACAUCUGGUGCCCUCCGCCAUUUGGCAUCAAGAGGUCCUUGGGCCACAGGCAUGUUGGGGUAUGUUCUUCCCUGGUGUAACUCUAACGUCAGUGGAGAGACACCAUAGAAGUACCAAAGAUAGAUAAACAGUAACAUCGGCCUCGCUGUGCCUCUGUUUGUCCAUCUGUAAAACAGGAUCGAUAUGUACCUACCUCAAAGGUGUCUGAAACUGUUUUUGAGGGGCAUAUCCUCUGCUGAUAUAAACGGUCCAGUUGAAGUCAGAGGAGCUCUGACAAUUUAAACUGGCCCCACAGUGGCUGAGAAGCAUUUUGUGUUUAUCCUAUUAGAGUUGCUCAAAACUUUUUGAAAUUUCCAUGAAAAACAUUUUACCAAAACAACAACAAAAUGUUGAAAAGUUUCUGUGAAAACUUGUUACUGCCUUUCAACCAGCUCUGAAUCCUAGGCACUCACCGGGGAAGGGUCCCAUAGGUGAAAUGAACACAGUGAUGGUAAAUGCUGCCUCUGAAAUAUUAAUGGUCCCUGUCAGAUGAGGCCUGCAUUGUAACGAUACCUCCCAUCAUGGGGGAGUUAAUUGAAUCAAUGAAGGGAACAGCACAGCCGUCGAGCAUAUGCCGUCUUUUUGACCAGUCUAGUCAUUACUGCAGGACCCUUGUCACUCAUCACUGCUUGAUUACACCACUUUGCCUGCGAGGGGAUUUGAUGCAAAGUGUCCAAUGAGGGUCCAAGCUGGCUCCAAAUCCAGCUUUGCAAAGCCACAGAUAAAAACGACUUCCAUUAAUAAGGCAAGAAAGGUUAGGACAAGAAGCAUUACAGCAAAUCUGGAGAGUUAUCCAUGAAGGAGGUUGGAGACGGGCUGCAUGAACAGAUGAACUGCAUGAUGGGUGCCCUGCAAGAGUUGAAACUCCUCCAGGUCCAGACAGCUUUGGAGCAGUUGGAGAUUUCAGAGACUCGAAACAAGAUUUCAGGCAUUGGCCAGCACCAGUGCUGUCGAAAUGGCAGAGAGGUGCCCAGAGCCAGCAGGCAGAAUGAGAGGUUGCUGGGAAGGAGAUCUUUGGAGGAGUGCAGCCCCAUGGCGUUUGCACACUCCACCCAGGUGCCACAAUCUGCCAGCCUGUUUGGCCCUGUGACUUUACCAGACAGUAGCCACCACAGACACGUGGCUUAUAGCAAAGACUGUUAUCCUACUAGCAGACCUUCUUCAGCUCUGACCACAGCAGAGUACUGCCCGCCAAGGAAAUUUGAGUCAGCCAGUUUGGGCACAGCUGGGAACCAGCUUCAUAGAGACACAGCCAGCAUCCCUCAGACUUUGGCUGGGAGUAGAUUGGGAUGCAGAGAAUGCCAGGCUUCUGAUGAGGCCAAUGACUGGACUUCCUCACUAAUGUCUCAGAGCAGGAACCGGCAGCCUCUGGUCUUGGGGGAUAAUAUCUUUGCAGAUUUGGUCGGGAACUGGUUGGAUCUGCCAGAGCUGGAUAAAAAGGGGGAGAAAAAUGAGACUUCCCUGUCCAUCAGCAGGUCUCAGGAGUUCUACAGGAAGUUUUCCUUCACGGCCAACAUCUUCAAAAAGUUCUUGAGGAGUGUACGGCCAGACCGAGAUAGACUCCUCAAAGAAAAACCAUGCUGGCUCCCAGCGGAAGACAGAGAGACUGAAAUUUCAAAGAGAUCCAAAAAGGUGAGCAAACAGAAGGGGACAUUUUAUUUCCCCCUCCAUGGGAACCUACAGAAUUCUCACAGCAAAAUGGAGAGGUGCCCAAAGGCAGAAGCUAAUAGUGACAAAUCCAAGAAUUGUGCCAAGAAGGUCCAUGGCACCACAGACCACACCCAGUCAGGCUUUGAUAUGAAUACAGCCGUAUGGGUCUAAGUUCCUGUAAGCGUCUCCUUUGCCAAAUGGUUCCGCUUCACGCUAGAGAUGAGCUGGAGCACAUACAUGUCUGUACAUGAUAUACCCCAAAGGCCUGCCCCACACUGGGGUGGGGGAAACAGCGUAUCCUGUAGUGUAGAGUAUGCUGUGGGCAGCAGCCCCAUGAGCCCAGCUUCUAAGAGACCUACAUCUCCUGGGGAAGGACGUCCGAACAGCAGCUGAAUCAGGACUGUGUGCAGAAGUUUUCCAGAGCUGGUGCUUAGGAGAAUGACCAGAUUUCUUGACAGCGUCCAGGGCAGGUCGCACCAUGGAUAGCCAGCCCCUUACCUGUGUGUGAGCCUCUCUGGUCAUAGGGAUUUCAUGUUUGCCAAAUCCAUUCAGUUCAUCUCUGGUUAAGAUCACUACGGUACAUAAAAUGCAGUGUGUGUGUGUUAUGUAUAUAUUUUUAAAUCCGCUCUCCCUUGUGUGCACUUAAUACUGGAUUAUAAACCAGGCAACUCGAAAGUUGAUCUCAGAGCACUUGAUAUUUAAAUUAAAAAAGUAAGGUAUGAAUUUAUAAGAGACUGCAGUACUUGAACAGUCGCUGAAUGCAGAUGUUGUGUGCUCACCAUCCCGUUGCAUUUCAGCUUUUCUUUUUCUAAAGCGUUAUCUCCAAUGUGCUCUUUGCCUGUCCUCUCCAGCAUCAGUUUAACCAGUAGUAUAAGUAACAGGUCCAUACAUGGAAUUUUGUGAUGUCCAGAAAUUCUUCACCAGUUUAGCGUUACCCUUCAUGGCCUUAAACCCAGAUGCUGCACUGAGAUAUGAAGUUGCAACAGACUUUGUGUUGGGUUGUUGGGGUUCUUUGUUUGUUUGUUUUAUUUGUUGUUAUGUACAGAUUUAGUCUUGAGAAAACAAAACACAGUUCUUCAGUGUUCCACUCUCCAAGAAUUACUAAUAAAGCGAUGUCACAAUCUUCCAAA